UUCUCUCUUUUCCUUUUUCUUAACGACUACGAGUGAAUCAAUUUUUUGUUUUUAUCUUGUAACGAGCAAGACGAAGAAGGAAGAAAGUGUAGAACAGCGUGAAAAAGGUCAUAUGAGCAAGCUUAGUUUUUUGACGAUGUAACCCUUUGUGUUCUACCGCAGGAGUCAGUAUCGUCUUGAGUACUGUGGCCUUAAAUAUUAAAAAAAAAAUUCUUCCAGACCCUUGCUUUAAAUAUACGUUAAGUUUAAUUAAAAAAAAUUGCCCCCUCACGUAAAAUAAGAUUGCUACGGCUCUGGCUUUAAUGAUUGUGUACCAUAUGUGCCACAAACAUUAAUAUUGGCACGAAAAAUUGCAAUUUUUCAGGAUCCCUACAUGUAUUGGCUAUGUAUGUGUAGACUAGACUAGACUAGCAAUAUGUGUACGGCGAAUCAAUUACAUCCGAUUUCCAAAAACGUGGUACCGUUGGAAAUUAUAUUCAAUACAAUACCUAACAAAAUGGUAUAGGGUAAUCGCGUCUAAUACGCCUCCAUUAACCAAAAAUAGGUAUACUUCAACGUUGGGCACUAUGAUUGAUAAGCUUAUAAACAGAUGCACAAUAAAAUUGAAAUUUUGGUUGGAAGUCGGUUUUUUACUUUCACCAUAUGAGCCAUGAAUUAGAAAAAUAAAAUCUUCCAAAAUAAAGAUUUCUCCCCAGGUUCUUCCAAACUUAAGAUUUCUCGCCAGGUGCGACCAAUACCUGAGAAACUGCCUUAUAUCACAGAGAACAGACAUAUAAGCUAGAACAAAGUUUCCUAAAAAACCUGUGUAAUAUCAACGUUGGUAAUACCAUGUUCACACUACAGAGUUAAAACAUGUUAUAAUAAUUAGCAACAAGAAAAAUGUCAUCAAGAUAGCGUUAAAACGCGUUUUAACUCGUACUGUGAACGUAGUAUAAGUAUUUAACAGCUUUAUUGUCAAUUAACAACUUUCGAGAAAUCCGUUUGUUUAUCUCAACGAUUUCUCUGACAUCACUGAAAACUGUCAAUUCGCGGAAUAGCAAGCCUCCUUUGUAUGAGCCAUGGACUUGUAUGUAAGUUCUCAAUGCCUAUAUGAAAGGUGAAUGGGUUAGCAAUCCCGGAAAAUAUUCUAAUAAAAUCCCGGGAUCAUGCUGCCUCGCCCACUGUGCAACGAAAGCUUUCGUUCCCACAUGUAUUGAAAGCUCUUCCAGCAUGUACCGCAUAAACUGACAUUUCUGCUUCGUUCAGCAUGCGACGAAGCAACAUGCCGGUAAAGUAGGCGUAUUGAUUUCAUAACAAAUCCGGCUCAACGAAGUAAAUUUCAAGUUCAUUCAACAAAAAAAACCCUAUCUAGUGUUAUUAUUGUCAAUUAAACGCCACUUUAUACUAGGAUUAGCAUCGAGUAAGAUGAGUUCUAAUUUUGUGCGAUUAGCCGGCAAGCGGUACAUUUCGAUUCUCAGCCGCGUGUGGUCGGGAACCGGUGGAGCGGUAAAAAAUACCGAAAAUACUCUACGAAAAACACUUCAGACCAAAUUUCCGAUGGCAAAAAACGUAGUGGUCAGUGACAUCUCGGGAGGUUGUGGUUCAAUGUACGAAAUUUAUGUCGAAACAGCAGAAUUCAAGGGCCUUUCGACUGUCAAGCAACAUCGGCUAAUAACCGAGAUACUGAAGAGCGAAAUCAAAGAUAUGCACGGACUUAGGAUACAUACGGCUAUUCCUAGUGAAUAAAUUUUUAUUGUUACCCUAGUUAGUUUUUUUUAAAUUUUUCUAAUAGGUUUUAUUUUGCAAUAAAUGUUUUAACAAAGUGGAAC